UGUCACUCCCACUGCCACUAUGCUGGCCUCAGAGCUCCUUCUGGUGGCUUUGUUCACCUGCCUGACAAUGAUGGUCUUGAUGUCUGCCUGGAGGCAGAGGAAGCUCUGGGGGAAGCUCCCUCCAGGACCCACCCCAUUGCCCCUCAUUGGGAACUACCUGCAGCUGAACACAAAGCAGCUGUCGGAUUCCUUCAUGAAGAUCAGCGAGCGCUAUGGCCCCGUGUUCACGGUCCACCUGGGGCCGCGGCGCAUUGUGGUGCUGUGUGGACAUGAGGCCGUGAAGGAGGCGCUGGUGGACCAGGCUGAGGAAUUCAGUGGGCGAGGCGGGCAGGCCACCUUCAACUGGCUCUUCAAAGGCUAUGGGGUGACGUUCAGCAAUGGCGAGCGAGCCAAGCAGCUCCGGCGCUUCUCCAUCACCACACUGCGGGACUUUGGUGUGGGCAAGCGUGGCAUCGAGGAGCGGAUCCAGGAGGAGGCGGGCUUCCUCAUUGAGGCCUUCCGGGGCACGCAAGGCACCUUCAUCGAUCCCACCUUCUUCCUGAGCCGGACAGUGUCCAAUGUCAUCAGCUCCAUUGUCUUUGGGGACCGCUUUGACUAUGAGAACAAAGAGUUCCUGUCACUGCUGCGUAUGAUGCUGGGAAGCUUCCAGUUCACAGCUACAUCUAUGGGUCAGCUCUGUGAAAUGUUCCCAUCAGUCAUGAAACACCUGCCAGGACCACAGCAACAGGCAUUUAAGGAUCUGAAAGGUCUGGAGGACUUCAUAGCCAAGAAGGUGGAGCAGAACCAACGCACGCUAGAUCCCAACUCCCCGCGGGACUUCAUCGACUCCUUCCUCAUCCGCAUGCAGGAGGAGCAGAACAACCCCGACACAGAGUUCUACUUGAAGAACCUGGUGCUGACCACACUGAACCUCUUCUUUGCGGGCACUGAGACAGUCAGCACGACCCUGCGGUAUGGCUUCCUGCUGCUCAUGAAGCACCCAGAUGUGGAGGCCAAAAUCCAUGAGGAGAUUGACCAGGUGAUUGGCAAGAACCGGCAGCCCAAGUUUGAGGACAGGGCCAAGAUGCCCUACACAGAGGCGGUGAUCCAUGAGAUCCAAAGAUUUGGAGACAUAAUCCCCCUGAGCCUAGCCCGCAGAGUCACCAAGGACACCAAGUUUCGGGAGUUCUUCCUCCCCAAGGGCACUGAAGUGUUCCCUAUGCUGGGCUCUGUGCUGAGAGACCCCAAGUUCUUUUCCCACCCCCGAGACUUCCACCCCCAGCACUUCCUGGAUGAGAAGGGCCAGUUUAAGAAGAGUGAUGCUUUUGUGCCCUUCUCCAUUGGAAAGCGGUACUGUUUCGGAGAAGGUCUGGCUAGAAUGGAGCUCUUUCUCUUCCUCACCACCAUCUUGCAGAACUUCUGCCUCAAGUCCUCUCAGCUGCCCCAAGACAUUGACGUGUCCCCCAAACUUGUGGGCUUAGCCACUAUCCCACGAAAUUACACCAUGAGCUUCCAGCCCCGCUGAGCAAGGGCCUUGCGGGGUGGGGGAGGGGAAGGAUGGGGUGGAGCAAAGCAGUGGGCGGGGCAUGGGUGGGGGUAUCAGGAGGGAGGUGACUUAGGGAAAUCUGAGGGGCAAGAUGGAUAGAAGACGAAAGGAAUGGGCCCUGUCUGUUCCCUUUGGUAGAAAUAACUCCUUCAGAAGUGGGAUGAAGGAAGGGAACAUAUUUAUUGAGUAAGUAUUCUGCGUCAGCUCCAUGCUAAAAGCCUUAGCACGUCCACCUCACCUAAUGCCCACAGUCUAUGCAACAGAGAACAGUGUUCAUGCCCAUUUUACAAGUGACAAAUCUUAAUUGAUUCCCAAAGAAUCUAUAACAACGACAAAAACCUUCCCAGUAAAUGAAUUUUUCACUGUCACUAAACAUACUAAAAUCUUU